CGGCCCGUGCCGGCAAUGGUGCUCGACCGCCCCGUCGGCCGCCCGGCCUUCCCGCGGAAGCCCGAGCGCCGAACCCUAGCCCCCCCGCGUGGUACGGGCCCUCCGCCUCCCCCGCCGAUUCCGCCCACGCCGGGGGUGUACCUCCGGGGGCCUCCUCCGCUCCCGCCUCCCGGGGUCAUCCUGCCACGCCCGAUCGUCGUCUGUCUCGAUCUCGCCAGGAUGAAGCAAAUGGAUUCCUCCCGGAGCGCUUCGCUUAUGAAGUUCCUUGAGGACACGGGGGCUUCGCCCUCGGAGGAGGAAGACCGGAGGAGGGAGAGGGUCAUACUCGAGCUCCACAAGAUAGUUAUGGAUUGGACGAAAUGGGUUGCACGCGACCAGGGGGGAGAACCUUGGAUCACAUCAGGCACGGUGUUGACCUUUGGCUCCUAUGAUUUAGGGGCAUAUGGAUCUGAAUCUGAUAUUGAUGCAGUCUGUGUUGGUCCUUGCAUUGCAUCACUACAGCAUCAUUUCUUCGUUAUCCUGCGAAAAAUGCUUGAAGCAAAGCCAGAAGUAUCAGACUUGCAUUCUAUUGAAAGUGCUAGGGUUCCGUUGAUGCGCUUUAAAUUCAACGGUGUGUCAGUUGAUUUUCCAUACGCCCAGCUGCCAGUUAUCAAUGCUGCGGAGGCUAUACGUGCAAAUGAUCCCUGUUUGCUAGAGAAAAUUGACGAGGCAAGCUGGAGAUGUCUAUCUGGAGUUCGUGUUAAUAGACAAAUCAUGCAAUUAGUUCCAAAUAUGAAGAAAUUUCAAGUUUUGUUGCGCUGCCUUAAACUCUGGGCAAGGAAAAGAGGAAUUCAUUGCCAUCUAGUUGGCUUCUUUGCUGGAAUUCAUUUGGCGGUUCUUGGAGCAUAUGUUUGCCGCAGACAUCCAAAUGCUACUGCCAAUACUUUGUUGUGUAGGUUCUUUGAGAUAUUUUCUCACUGGCCUUGGCCUCGUCCGGUGUCUUUGCAUGACCAAACACCUCUUUGGAGUCCUGACGGGUGCUCUCUCAUGCCCAUAGUAAUGCCCUGUUAUCCACCAGAAUUUUGUGCCUCUAAUGUCACAAAAAGCACUUUCAACAAAAUCAAAGAAGAGCUUUGGCGAGGUUUAUCUUUGACCAAGGAUACAAGUAGUACUGAUGUCAACUGGAAUUGGAUUUUUGCGCCAUUUCCAUAUGCUGCAAAAUAUAAGCACUUCCUUCGUAUAGUUCUCUCAGCUCCGACAACCGAAGAGUUACGUGAUUGGGUUGGAUGGGUGAAAUCACGAUUCCGCAGCCUUAUUCUCAAGCUGGAAAGCCUUAACAUUGGUUGUGACCCAGAUCCCUCAGAGCAAGUGGAUCAUACCAUCGGUGAGCCAAAUGCUGUAUUCCUGUGGGGUCUCAUCAUGUAUAGUAAUACUCAGAUCUGUACAACUUCUCUCAAAAUGGACUUCAUGAGAAUUGUCACCAACAACAUCUAUGGAAAGGAAAAGUGUGCUCACUCUGACAUAGAAUUGUCUGUUGUCGUCAGUAUGCCUCAGGUGCCUAAAAGCAUGUCUGAUCACUCGGCCUACUUACAGAAACUGCCGAGUCUGCCACCGAUAAUGCUGGGCUACCCACCGAUGAGGCGGGGCUGCAAUGCAGUUGGUUAAGACUCCGUUGUCAUCUCAAACCUGUGAAUAUCCAGAUGAGAAAAGGUAGAACCUGAGUUUCUUUAGCUUUGAAGGUUGUUUGCAGCAUCAGAUGGCAUUUCUGGUGGUUUUUGUUGGAGUUGGGGCUUGUUCAUUCCUCAGCGUAAGGAAUAUGGAAGUGUGUUUGUUGGAGCUGGCUGCUGAGAGAUGGAAUUUUUUGCCCUGAAGCUUCCAGGGUGCAGUAUAUCCAUUCGAGCGGCUUAUUCCUGUUCUGAGGCUUGUAGCAGGUACAUGUAAAUCCAUGUACACAGCAUAGCGAUUGAUAUACAAAUGAGAAGAGAUAUAGCAGUGUAGGAAGUGUGUGUGUGUAGGUGUAAUCUUUGGUACCCAGCAGCAAAAUGUGUAAAUCGCCUUGUAUGGUCAGAGCAGUUUUGCUGGGUACAUCAUAUGCAGGGGCUGUUGUGGAAUGUGGAUGGAGGAGAAUGCCAUCCAUUCUUACUGUUGUAGUCUGCAGUAAACUGCUGCAUGUACUGCUGUUCAUGAGUUGUUAUGUAGCGAACCAUCCGGAUGAAUGAAUGUUUCUGUUGUUGUUUA